AUGCCUACGUACUUUUAUCACAUCAAGUUCGAACUCUAUCCGACCGCCAAUCCGGUAGCUUGCAGCGAGCGGAGAGCUCUGGACGGACAAGGUGGAACAGCAUCACAGCCGACAAACGAAAUCUGGCUACCUGCGCCCGGCGCCGAUAUAUUCGACGAGCUUCCCUCUCAUCCCGGUCGACGAGAACCCAAAAACAAGGCCUCCAUCGCUUCGGGAUCACGUUUCCAUCCUCAACCGCAGCAUUCGUCCCAAUCCAAACGCAUUACGAAUCGCCACGUGGAGUCGUCACCGAGUUCUCCUAGCCAAAGCGGACCUUUGUCUGUAAACGUCAUAGACUGCGGUCCUUCGCGGGCCCAAGUUGAAGAGGAUAACGGGAAGAACAUUGAACUUCUCAGCAGACACCAGUGGAAGGCGAGGACCAAGAGUCUGCCCCCGCCACCGGCGUCCGCCGCGAUCAAACCCCAGACUGCUGUCAGGGACUGGCGAUUUGGAUGGGUCCGAGUGGCAAGCCUAGACCCAGGCGAGGACAAGGUUGCAACAACAGCGAACAUGGCCCAAGACGAGGAGCUCAGCAGCAGCAGCGGCGCCCCUGCUGCCACGGGCAUCGGUCCCAUGUUCAGCGGCGUGGGCACGGCCACCAAGGCCAAGUGCAUCCCGCUCGAUUUUAAGAACACUGAUAUGGGGUGGGGUAUCGUGCAUUUCUACCGCGAGGGCGAGGACAGUCCCGGCUUGCGAAUACCUCCUGCGGAGCAGCACCAGGAUGAUCAGAGCGAGGAGGAGUGCACCACUUUGUGCAUUCCUGCGGUGCCCAGCUACUGGACGCCUGGUGACUUUCUGGGCUUUAUCGGUGACAAGUGGAAGGAGGGGAUCAGUCACUAUAGGAUUGUCAUGACCGAGCAGCUGAGUCGCUACCUGCCCCAGAUAUUCCAGGUGGUCUUCGUCAAAUCCAUCACUUUCGAGACGCCGAUGGCACCCUCCAGUUCCGACGGGAACUCCAUGACAUCGUCGAGUCCCAUGGCCGUUUUGCAUUCCCUGAAACCCUUUCCGCCGCCGACACCGAACCUCAUCGAACUCCCCACGUGUGCGGUCUGCCUGGAAAGAAUGGACGACACGACCGGACUUAUGACGAUUCCCUGCCAACACAUCUUCCACUGCGCCUGUCUGGAGAACUGGAAAAGCCCCGGGUGUCCCGUCUGCCGCCACACCAGCGACAACCCGGAUUUUGACCCAUCAAACCCUUACACGCAGCCUUUUGGGUCGCCGGUUUCCAACCUCUGCAGCGUCUGCGACAGUACGGAUGACCUCUGGAUCUGCCUCAUCUGUGGCAGGGUCGGGUGUGGACGGUAUAAGGGCGGGCAUGCAAAAGACCACUGGAAGGAGACAGCACACAGCUUCGCAUUGGAGAUCGAGACGCAGCACGUCUGGGACUAUGCGGGCGAUACGUGGGUGCACCGUCUUAUCCGCGAGAAAGGCGACGGCAAGCUCGUUGAGCUCCCGGGAAAGACGGGCGGGCCCCAAGACGGCCCUCACCAGCGGGACGACGUGGUUCCUCGCGCCAAGCUGGAGAACAUGGGACAAGAAUACGCGCAUCUCCUGAGCUCGCAGCUGGAGUCGCAACGCGUCUAUUUCGAAGAGAUGAUGAGCAAGCUUGCCGACAAGGCGGCAAAGGCGACGGCGACGGCCGAGGCUGCCUUGAAACAAGCGGAAUCCCUACGUACAGAGAACGCCAAGUUCUGCGCGGACCUGGAAAGGCUGCAGAACGAGGUCAUACCGCAGCUGGAGCGCGACAGCGAGCGAGAUCGAAAGAAGGCGGAGAAGGCGCAGGAGCUGGCUAGGAACAUGGGGAAAGCCUUGCAGGAGGAAAAGGAGGUGUCCAAGGGCUUGAUGAAGCGUGUGGAGCACAACGCGGCGGAGCUUGGAAGCCUCCGGGCGAGAGAUCAGGAGCAGCAGGCGAAGAUUGCCGAGCUGGAGGAUAUGAAUCGCGACUUGACCAUGUUCAUUUCGGGCCAGGAGAAGCUCAAGGAACUCGAGGCUGAAGGCCAGGUUGAAGCGGGAGAGCUCGCUGAAGGGAGUGCUAGCGUUCCUGAAAGAAAGGGGAAGCGGAAGGGGAAGAAAUAA